UGGAGGUGGGAUUUGCAACUGCUGAUGAGUAUAUGAAUUUUAAUUAUUUAUCAAAUUACCUUAUUUUAUUAGUAUCUCUUUUGGCGUUCUACUGAUCACUCGUUCAUUGUUUAUUGUUCCUACUUAUCGUACAAGGUACAAAUAAAUUAAGUCAGACAAAUACACUGAUUAUUGUGGUAGUUACUAGUUUAUUCUAUCAAUAAACUAACGUCAAAAUAAUAGAAGCCAUCAACAAAUUAACAGGGAUUCAUCAGUUGACGAAGGCUAGGCCACGUUUAUUAUAUAUUGUAAACAUUGAUUACCUUCGAUCAGAAAUAAUCAAUGUCCAUGAACAUAUUUAUCACGUAAUUAUAAUCAAAACUGCAGCAUAAUCAAGAAGUAAUCACAGAAGGUACACGGUUUGGUUUUCUUAAUUGAACAUGGACAAAUCUAAAUUUAUUAUUUGUAUAGUAUUCGUGUUCAGUCAGGAGAUUGGUAGAAGAGUAGAGGCACAAUCCAAUAAUGAAUGUUUCACGCCAAAUGAUCUCAACGGCUCUUGUAUUAACAUAAAAUCAUGUCCACCACUACGAAUACUAUUAGAAACUCAGAGAAAAAAUGCUACUGUUGUCACUUUUCUUAGAAACUCUAUGUGUGGAUAUGAGGGUAAAGAUCCUAAGGUAUGUUGUCCAUUGGAAAAUGAACCUCUUUCCAAUAACCCUGAUACCACUCAAAGGAUAACUACUCCAAGACCUAAUCCGUCCGGAUCAACAGUUUACGAAACCGUUACGUCGAUCAAAUUGCCUUCUCAAAAGACUUGUGGUCGGACUAAUGCUAGCCACAUUCGAAUAGUCGGAGGAAAUCCAGCUGAAUUAGGCGCAUGGCCCUGGAUGACAGCCCUUGGAUAUCGAGAUCUCAGUAGGCCAAGUCCUGAUUAUCAGUGGUUGUGUGGAGGUACUUUAAUAUCAGAAAGAUACGUAAUAACAGCUGCCCACUGCACCGUCGGUAUUGGAAAUCGAAAAUUAGCUGUUGCACAUUUAGGUGAUUUGAACUUAGAUCCUAAGACGAAUGACGGAGCUCAACCAAUAGAUAUUCCAAUUUCACGUGUCAUAACACAUGAAAAAUAUAACGCACAAGAAUAUACCAAUGACAUUGCAUUAUUAAAAUUAGAAAAUAAUGUUAGAUUCGAUCAAUUUAUUCAACCUAUCUGUUUACCCAUCUUGUCGCAUCAUAGAGCCAAUAAGUUAGUUAAAUCUGUACCGUUUGUUGCUGGAUGGGGUGCCACGUCAUUUCGGGGGCCUAGUACUACAACUCUAAUGGAAAUUCAGAUACCCGUGUUAGAUAAUGCAGAGUGUAAACGAGCAUUUGCUAAUAAAAAAGCCGUUAUUGAUGACAGAAUAUUGUGCGCUGGAUCUUUAGCAGGCGGAAAAGACGCUUGUCAGGGAGAUUCCGGAGGCCCCUUGAUGUGGCCAAAUGGUAAUCAAUAUUAUUUAGUGGGUGUUGUGUCUUUUGGAUUUAAGUGUGCUGAACCGGGCUAUCCGGGUGUAUAUACUAGAGUGACAUCAUUUGUUGAAUGGAUCGCAGAUAACAUGAAUUACAGUUAAAUUGAAUAUUUGUACUGUUUAAUAUGAAUUUUACCUUAGAACGAAACGAAAAAAAACAGACAACUCCAUGUAAUCGGUUUAUUUAUUUUUAAUCAGUUAUCUACUUAAUAUUAACCUUAA